AUGAAUUGUCUUACUUCCAUGCGCCUCUGUGCGCGACGCACAAAUACCCAACCUCUCACGCGACUCUCUAGCCUGCGCGCACCCGCGUUCCCGCUCACGCGCCCAUUCCCGAGAAUGGCAUCCAGCGCGUUUCAGUUCGCCGAGGGCGAGGAUACCCACCAACUUGCCCGAGACGCCGAUGCUUUAUUGAAGCAGGGCUGGGCAAAGGAUGGAGACGGGAUGGGGAUUACCAAGACGUUUCAUUUUAAGAGUUAUUUCAAGGCUGUGGCAUUUGUUAAUAUGAUUGCGGCCGAGAGUGCAUCCAAGAAACAUCAUCCCACCAUGACUGUGCGGAUUGGCUCAGUCGAUGUGCACUGGACAACCCAUCGCCCACGCGGAUUCACACAAAAAGAUGUUACAAUGGCCCAGCAUUGUGAUCAAGGAGCUGGUCUGAUGGGUGCUGUUGAUCCUGGUCAAGGACUAAAAUGUGCCUAA